GUAAUCAAAACAUAAACCACCUUCAGAGAAAAUUACACAUUAAACCCAAAAACUUUAGAAAACUUACUGUACCGUUCAAAAUGUGCGGAGGAGCAGUUAUUUCCGAAUACAUAACGCCGUCGCGAUCCGGCAGAUCGUCAGCCUCAAAAUCCUCCUCCUGGAGACGCGACGACGUCGUCGUUGACUUGACACUCGACGAUUUCGAGGGAGAAUUCGAGUCGGAGAACGAAGAAUUCUACGGAUUCUCAACGGCCAAGCCUGCAAGAGGAUUCAUCGAAGAAGAUGCGAGGAAGAAUAAGAAGAAGAAGAAGAAGAAGAAGAAGAGUAGCGAGUACAGAGGAAUCAGGAGGCGUCCGUGGGGAAGAUGGGCGGCUGAGAUUCGCGAUCCGAUAAAAGGAGUUCGAGUUUGGCUGGGGACGUUCAACACUGCAGAAGAUGCUGCGAGGGCUUAUGAUCUUGAAGCUAAGAGGAUCCGUGGAGCCAAAGCUAAGCUCAACUUCCCUAACGAAUCACCUUCGAGAAAGCGUAAAGCUUCUUCUUCUUCUUCAAAACAGCCUCCUCAGGUUAAGGUAGAGGAGAAGCGUGAGGAGGUUGCAGUGGCGUGUAGUAGCCUGUGGGAGGGGGACACGAUUCAGGUUGAUACACAGUGGCUUGAAGAAGCCAUCAAGGGCGGUGAGAAGAGACAGAAGGGCUGUGAUGGUGAUGGUGAAGGUGACGACGUGAAUGCUCAGCUUUCGGAGGAGCUUCUUGCUUUUGAGAAAGAGACGGAGUGUUUCUUCCAGAUGCCGUUUAUGGAGGGGGCAAACUGUGGUUCUUCGUCGUCCACGACACCUAUGACCAGUGUCUUUGAGGGAGAUGAUGUCUUGGAUCUUUGGUAUUGAAUGGUUCUUUUGUACUCUUAAUGAAAUGAUCUUGAGUCGUUUGGUGUUGUAUUUGUACAAGUCAGAUUCUUGUUCUGCUUGUGUGUAUUGACUCUUGUAACUGUGAUUCUUCUGCCUUGUCAAUGUAUAAUAGCUUAAAUUU